AUGUCCUCCCCAAAGAAUUCUUCAUCAGAUCCCCCGGCAGGCCCGAGGGAUAGCAAAGAGGGGCCUACCUCUACAUAUGCGCAAUCCUACGCAGUAUCAGGCUCGUCCGAGGACACAGUUGAUCAAGUGGAUGGCCUGGCGCAUAUCCCUACGCGCGCCUCUCGGGCCUCGGUACCCUCUCUAGCCCAGAGAGUCACAUCUAUAGGGACGACUGGCACCUCUGACCCGAACUAUGAAGUCGACUGGGACGAUGAGUUCGACACAAAUAAUCCGAAGAACUGGUCGUUUCCCUACAAAGCUAUGGGAAUCGCCAUCCUAUCAUACAACACUUUGAUUAUCGUAUUAUAUUCAACAUCGUACACCUCGGGAGAGUCGCAGAUUGCAGCUGAAUUCGGGACUUCCACCACCAUCGUUACGUUGGGAUUGACUUUGUACCUCAUCGGUCUGGCUGUGGGAUCCAUGUUUAUGGCGCCAUUGAGCGAAUUGUACGGCCGGAAGCCGGUCUGCAUAGCCUGCUUGUUCAUCUUCACGGUUUUGAUCAUACCUUGCGCGCUCGCCAAAAAUCUUGCUACCCUGCUGGUUGUGCGCUUCAUCGCAGCUUUGUUCGGAAGUGUAAUGAUCUCCACUGCGCCGGGAAUGGUUGCGGACAUAGUGGAAGAUGACCAGCGCGCGCUGGCAAUGUCGGUCUGGAGUCUUGGGCCCGUGAAUGGCCCAGUUCUCGGGCCUAUUAUCGGCGGCUUCGUCACCCAGUACCUGGGCUGGCGGUGGAUGGAUUGGAUCGCUCUAAUAUUGUCUGGGGUCGCGUUGGUCCUUUCAUGUAUCAUGAAGGAGACCUAUGGCCCCAUCAUCCUGCAAAAGAAAGCCGCCCGCAUGCGGAAAGAAACGGGCGAUUCACGAUGGUGGUGUCGAUACGAACAGAAGGCUAGCCUGAGUGAACUACUCAAGAUAAACCUCGGCCGCCCGUUUGUCAUGGCAGUCACUGAACCUAUUUGUAUAUUUUGGAAUAUCUACAUUGCCAUCGUGUAUGGCAUCCUCUACCUGUGCUUCACAGCAUACCCUAUCGUUUUCCGGGAUAUUCGGGGUUGGUCACUUGGUCUCUCCGGUCUCGCAUUCUUGGGUAUCGGAACUGGAUGUGUGAUCACCAUCUCCAGCGAACCUCUGAUCCGCCGUCUGAUCAACAGCCAUAAACCGGACCCCGAAACGGGAAAGCCACCCCCGGAGGCAAUGGUGGCUUUCGUAUGUAUCUGCGCGCUCCUGAUUCCAGCUGGAGAAUUGUGGUUCGCCUGGACCUGUUCGCCCGCCUCGAUACCCUGGAUUGUACCGAUUCUCGCAGGUGUACUCUUCGGUACAGGCAACACGGGCGUCUUUAUCUACGCGACCAACUACCUGGCUGGUAGUUACGGGGUGUAUGCAGCGUCAGCGCUGGCAGGGAAUUCGGUGAUCCGCAGUAUCCUAGGUGGUGUCUUACCCCUUGUUGGAACGUAUAUGUAUGCCGGUAUUGGUCCCAAUUGGUCUGGGACGCUGUUAGGCUUGCUCGAGGUGGCUAUCGUUCCGAUCCCAUUCAUUUUCUACAAGUAUGGGUACAAAAUCCGGGAGAAGAGCGUGCUCAUCCGGCGGAUGCAGGAGGAUAAGCAGCGAUUGGCGGGAAAGCGCCAACGCCAAACACAGCAGGUGCCAAAUCUCGAGAAGACGGAGGAGGAGACGAUGGAGAGCAUUUUGGGCACAGUCUUACUCGAUGUCCGGGAACUCGACGAGUCCUGGGAAAGCCCCUACCCAAACCGCGAAUUACUAGAUCCAACGCAUAUCAAGAAACUGGAAGAAAGUUACAGACACGGUACUAAGCAUACCGCUCCGGAGUACAGGAUGCGAAUUUCUAUUACCCUUGCAGACUGGCAAGGACUGCUGAACGAGAUGGCCGAAAGGCUCAACAAGGAAGAUGACUCGUUGACAAGACCGACUCUAGAAUUUUCGAUUAUGCCGACGCAGUGUAACGAGAAUGGUUAUUACAACUUCACCCUCGACGCAGGCCAGCACCGCAAGUAUGCUUUACUAAACUUUAUCAGGCUCACGGGAAUACGCAGAAAGAAUUAUGGAGAACUCCCCUCUAACCAGAUGACUGAUGUCACCGACAUACCCCCAGAGGUGGGCCAACAGAUUACCGAUCCUUCAAGAAUCAGUGUAUUCUGUGGUUCACUAGAUAUAGAUGAUCUUUGUCUUUAUUAUAUAGUAAGUUUAUCAUAG